GAAGUGAAUUACAUGAAGCUGCUCCGUCUUACUUGCAGUUUACCAUGACUACCUCUGUCUGGUCGGAUAAAAUACUCCAGGUCCUCCAGCGAAUGAAUAACUUUUAUUUGCCAGGGUCUGGUCGUGCGAAUUGUCUUCGUUUUGAGGUUAACGGAAUCAAAGUUGGUUGGAUUGCGCCGCACGUAACCGCGCUGUUGGCGCGCUACGGAGAUGUGUUUCAGCCACCGCUUGGGGGCGCUCUGUCACUGUGCGACAAUCUGAUGGACUCUUAUGCCAAAAGGUCCGAGGCAGUGGCCGAUGUUCUGUCGAACCUUAGACGUGAUCCGUCACUGCGCUGUCUCAAAGGUUGGCGAGAUGAGAGGUUCAAUGUAAUUGGCAAAUUCUCAGACCCUCCAGUGAUGUGGAUGGAAAGAGCAGCUACCAGCCUUUUCGGGGUUAAGUGCUAUGGAGUCCAUAUCAAUGGUUACACCGUUAGUGAGACUGGGGACCUCUGUAUGUGGCUCGCACGACGCUCUCCCACCAAGCCGACCUAUCCUGGACGACUUGACAACAUGGCAGCCGGUGGUCUGGCUGCUGGUGUGAGCAUCAAGAACACACUUAUGAAAGAAUGUCAGGAAGAGGCAUGUAUCCCAAUGCUUGCAGAAAAGGCCCACCCUGUAUCCACCAUAAGCUACACUUAUGAAGAUGAAGAUGGGGUCUCUUCAGAGUGUUCGUUUAUCUUUGAUUUGGAACUUCCACCAACCUUCAAGCCCAGUGCAGGGGAUGGAAAAGUGCAGAAAUUCUACCUCCUGCCCAUAGAGAAGGUGAAAGAAAUGCUGGCCCCUGAAGAUUUCAAAUCUAACUCUGCCAUGGUGGUCUUGGACUUUCUCAUUAGACAUUCAGUUAUUGAGCCUGACAGAGAACCCUUUUACCAGGAAAUUGUGUCCGGACUCCACCAAGACAUAGAAAGCAUUUGUAAUCAUGAAAAGUCCCUCUUUUAA